AUGAGGACAGCUCUGGACGAACCGACUCCGAACGGAGAUACUUCGGAGGCAGACGACUCUGGAGAAGACAGACAAGAUGAUCCCGAAGACGGUGGAUCUGUAGAGACGAAGAUGGCGAAGGCGGGCACUGGUCAGGGGGACAUUCUCGGCAAAUGGUUUGCUGACCUUCCUGAGAAAGUGCCCAAUCUCAAAACGUUCCGUUUGAAUGGAAACUUGCCCGAAUUCCCCUUGGACUUCAUCGGUCACCUCGUAACCCUUGAGGAGCUGGACCUUAGCGACCUCCACAUGGACAAAGCAGGAUGGGUGAAGGCACCGCUCUUGCGACCCUUGACGCCGCUCACUCAAGUCAAAACAUUCGGUGUUACAGCGUAUGUCGAAGAAGUCAAAACGAUCGAGGGUGACUUCUCCAUAUUGCCUAUGCUAGAGACCUUUCACGCGGAGAAUACUAUGCCGUCUAAAGUACUGCUAUCUGACAGAAAUCGAUGA